AUGGCGUCGUCGUCAGUCACCUCGGACCGGCCCGAUCUCUCUGUGCCAGCAGGAGACGGCGCCAAUGAUCCCUUCUUCUCCGCCUCGUCGACCGCCCCGUCCCAUCUGCGAUUUUCCGACUUCGACCAAGAGCUCUUUGCCGCUGGUCCCGGUUCCGAUCCGCGACAAGCGAAGCGCGCCCUGGAAGCUCACCUAGCAGAGACCGACCGUCGCCUGGACGAAGCUGGCAAGAUUGGAACCGCUCUCGUAUCGCAGCGCAAGGCCCUCGCCGAACAGCUACAGGAAAUCGAAAAGCUCCAGGCCGAGGAGGAGCUGGCGCCCGAGCUGCGCAAGAAGCUCGUCAGCAUCGAGAAGGACUACAAUGAUUUGGCUCGAGAGUCGGCAAGGGUCUUUUUGCCCAAGCAGCGAGUGGCGAGCACCAGCGACAACAACCAAGGCUCGCCCUACACGCUGGACAGCCGAUCAGGCAGGCGCUCCGCUAGUCCUUCCAAAUUCGAGAGUCAAGCUACGGGCUCACCCGCCAAGCUCAGCGUACCCAACCGCAAGAUGCGAAACCAGCCGUCCAACAGAGUCCACGACAUCGAAUUCGCCGCCGAAAUCAGCACAUCGCUCAUUGCCCAGGUCCGCAACCUACAGGCAUUGCUUGGCGAACGUGAUGAACAGGUCAAAGACCUCCGCAACGAUGUCUCCCGCCUCGAGGGAGAGUCAGAGGCCCAGCAGCAGCGUCUCAAGGUUCUUGAUGAGAGUGAACAUCGCUUCAAGGAAGAGAACUGGAACCUUCAGACCCGACUGCAGGAGAUGAAUGGCCAGCAGAGGGAGGCGUCCGACCGUGAGAAGAAGCUCGACAAUGCUCUCCACGCCUCCAACGCUGCCAAGUCUGCCACCCAAAAGGAGCUGGAUGAGGUGAAGCUGACGCUCUCCAAGCUGACCGAGGAACACGCUGCCUCCACCAAGUCCCACGACAUUGAGCUCGGCACUGCCAAACGCGCCAUUGCCAUGGCCGAGGGCGAACGCUCUGCCAUGCAGCGCAAGAUUGACGAGCUAACCAGCCAGAACCUGGAGCUCGCCAAAGCCAUCGCGGCCCAGAGAGCAAAGGCUCAGGAGCGCGAGUCCUCUUCAGGCACUAGUGACGAAGAUCUCGAAGCUGCUGCCAUUGACAUUACACCUGAGCAUUCCCCACCACAGUCUCCCGUCAAGGGAACCACUCCCAGGCACUCCAUGCUCGAGACGGAGACUCUCAAGACAUCUCUGCAGCAUGCCCAGCGAACCAUUCAGAGCCAGCGAAGCCAGCUCCACCGUGAAAAGACGGAGAAGCUUGAGUUCAGACGCAUCAUCCAAGACCUUCGCGACGAUUUGGAAAAGGCCAGAAACGAGCUUGAAAAAGGCCCCGCUCUGCCCCCCGUUCGUCGUGGUCGCAGGGUCGAGCCCAAGGAAGUCAAGGUCAGGCCGCCUCGAUUGCUCGGUAGCUUCCGUUCUAGCCGCCAAGAAGUUGUCAUUGAAGAGCCAGUCGCUCCGGAAGAUCCAGAAUGGGAAGAUACUCACGAUGUUUCACCUCGCUCUUCUGGCCUUCGUGCUGGCCGUCGCUCUCCCGAUCGACGCCAGCAACAGCUUCAGCUUCAGCUACAGCGGCAACAGCAGUCUUCUGAUGUUUCCGAUGGAGAGGAACUUGUUCUUGAAUCAAUCGAGACUAGCGACUCUUUUGAGACUGCUGCCGAAGAGGGUAACGAUUCUGCCUUUGAGACGGCCGAACCAGGAACUGAGACGGAAGAUUUCCAGACAGGACACGAGGACUUGUCUGAUGAAAGUGAUGCCCCUACUGAGGUUGCACUCUCCAUACGAGGCUUUGGCAACAUGAGACGACCUCCCAGCCUGCAGCCCGGCCUUCCAAGACACGCUAACCGAGAAUCAUUUGACAGCACUGCGUCAACUUCGACCGAGGAAGAUGAGUUCUCAGAGUUCCCAGAGUUUAGAUCACCUACCGCCGCUGCCUCUCUACGGAGAAUGCGUACGAGCAACAGGUCAUCAAUGUCCCGGAGAAGCUCUCGACAGGAGAGUGAGGAGCCUCAGUUCCGGAGCCCCGGUGCGAGCUUCAGCAGCGGUGGCGGCGAUCCAUCAACCCCCGGCCAGAGUCUCUUUGCCGAGCUGCAGGAUUUUCCCAGCGAUGAUGAAUCAUCAAUCAUGUAUACUCCUGGCCGUAGAAGCCUCCGUUCCAUGACGCCGGCUUCCACACGCCGCGCCGUUACGCCGCCUCCAGCGGUUCCCCGGCUGCCUCGAGUCAUCAUGGUAGAUACAGGUGUCAUGACCGACCCUAUCGAGUUUGGUCCUAGCAUCGCGCCUCUCGGCCAUCGCACAUCUCGCAGCUCGCUGCUAAGCGUGGGCGAGUUCGCUCGAAGACCGAGAUCCAUGGAGUCGGCCAUUCCCAACACUGAUUUCCGCGCAUCCGCAGCCUCAUGGCGCAGCGUCGAGGACGGGCCCGCAGGCUCUGCUACGUACUCCCGCCCCGCGUCUACAAUUGCCUACAGCGAUGCCGGUGCUCAGUACGACAUUGGCGAGAAGCUUGCACAGUUCCCCCUGCCUCCCUCAUCACUGCCCAGUGAAUCGGAUCUCAUGCCGAUUCCCGUGCCUACGCUCCCUGCUGUUCUUGAACUCUCCGUCAUCCAAUCCGAGGACAUCGAGCCUCGAGAAGAACAACACCAAGAGCCGGCACCGGCCGCUGUACCUCCCACCCUGAGCUUGACACCAAUGGCAUUUGAGACAGUGGAGCCCUUAGCCGAGCCUGAGGUCCCCGCUCCUCACCUGGGAUUGUCUGCCAUCGUGGCCGAGCAUUUGGAACCCGAAGCAGAGCCCGACGUUCCACCUCCAGACCUCACCCUCUCCAGCAUCUUUGCUGAAGGACUGGAGCCCCGGGCGGAGCCAGAGCUGCCUCCGGCUGAAUUGACUCUGUCGACAAUCCUUGGCGAGGGCCUGGAGCCAGUGGCCGAGCCUGAAAUCCCCCCAGCAGCUCUUUCGCUAUCGACAAUCGUCGGUGAAGGCCUGGAGCCAGUGGCCGAGCCUGAAGCUCCUCCUCCAACCCUCUCGCUUUCUACCAUUGCUACCGAAGGCUCGGAGCCAGUAGAAGAGCCAGAGCUGCCUGCGCCGGUGCUGAGUCUCUCCACCAUUGUGGCAGAGGGACUGGAGCCCAAGGCAGAACCCGAAGCUCCUCUACCUGAGCUUACCCUGGCCUCUAUCCUAUCGGAGGAAGUCGAGCCCGUUAUCGAGGAGCCAGAAGUCCCCGUGCUUAUUGCCGCCAAGGAGAUUGCCCCAGAAGAAACUCCAGCUGUCGCCUUGCAGGAGCUCACUAUUUCGCCAAUCGUGACGGAGCAAGUCGAGCCCAUCGCUGAGCCUGAAGUGGUGGUGCCCCCGCCGGCAUCUCUCACCAUGUCAUCCAUUCAGACACAGCAGCUAGAGCCCAGAGAGCUUUGGUUGCCAACUUUGACGCUGUCUACCAUUGCUGUGGAAAAUGUCGAACCCAUCGCCGAGCCCGAACCCGAGCCGGUUUCCGCAGCACUGACACUCUCUGCUCUCUCCUUCCAAAACACCAUUCCAUUUGACGAGCUGCCUAUCGAUGACGAGGAGCUGUUCCUGCCAUCACUACCCCAGCCCGAGCUCCCUGCUCUUGGCCUCUCCUCAAUCGUAGCAGAGGACGUUGAACCCAUCUUCCCUCUCGCUCCGCAAUUUGCAUUUUCUUCCAUCUCAUCUGUUGAGACUCAGCCAGUUAGCCCUGUCAAGAGAGGGGGAUUCAUUCUCCCAAGCAACAUCAAAUCUCCCUUUAAUGAUGAAGAAGAUGGUGAGGUAUCCGACAAGAACCUCUUUGCGUCGUAUGUCACUCGCAGAAGACCGGAGAGCGUCCCCUCAUCGCCUAUUAUUGCCGAAGAUGAGACGAGUCAAUCACUUCCUGUGUCACCGCAAGUCGACACUCCCGAGUCCAAACGGCCAUUCAAGGAGAUUUCAGCCAAUGGAAUCUCUCGUCCUGGUCAGCAACUGACUCAAACCAGCGACCAGGGAGCCCAGACAUCACUGACAUCGGGAGCCAUCGACGAGCUGCUCAAGACUGGAGCUGAGACUCCUGCAAAGAGCCCUUACUCCAUUGGCAGCCCUGACACCGUCGGGACUGUCAAGAUUAACCGUGCCUAUCAAGAAAACCUGGAUAGCCCCUUCUCAGCCAUCUCGAGCAAGAGCAGGACGCUUGAUCCAGCGCCUAUUUUCCACUCUACGCCCACGCACCGACCUGGCAGUGCUACCAGUGGCAAAUCCUCGCUCGUGGACGCGCCUCCUUUGCCAUCAAACCACCAGCAGAUGAUCCAGGCGGCUCGUUCCGGCUCAUCCAGCAGCACGACGCAAACGCAGAACCACAGCCAGAGCCAAGGCACUAUGGGCCCGCCUCUCUGGCCCGCCUCGGCAACAAAGCCAACACCGACCACCCCCAGCAGAGACAGACCAAUGUCUCCUCCUUCUGGCCGCGGCACUCCUACUCCUCGCGCUCCUGUCCGAGCCGGCUCGUCUCAUGGUACUGCCGAAUUCCCGCUGCCACCUCCUGUCAGGCUUUCUGCUGCCAUGUCCCGGCAGACUUCCGUGUCCUCGUUCGCAUCAGAACUGGACAAUCGUUUUGGAAUGCGGGCCAAUGAGAUGGGUCUCGACCCUAGCGGAUUUGGACCCAACACCGACCCCAGGAUGAUCCAAGCCAUCACGCAGACCAUGAUUGGAGAAUACAUCUGGAAAUAUACGCGCAAGACUGGUCGCGGCGAGCUGUCUGAGAAGCGACACCGCCGCUAUUUUUGGGUGCACCCAUACACGAGAACUAUCUACUGGAGCGAGCGAGACCCGUCAACGGCUGGUCGUACUGAGAUGAAGGCGAAGAGUCUCCCCAUCGAUGGUGUGCGAGUAGUGACAGACGACAACCCCAUGCCGCCGGGUCUCCACCGUAAGAGCUUGGUGAUUAUCUCUCCCGGCAGGACGAUCAAGUUUACCUGCACCACUGGCCAACGACACGAGACUUGGUUUAAUGCUCUGUCAUAUCUCCUGCUGAGAACCAGCAAUGGCCACGAUGGUCAAUCUGAUGCGGAAGAGAUGGCGACAGACCUUACUCGGGAAGACGUUGACGAGUUCAACCCUCCGUUUGGCCGGCACCCUGCCAACGGUACCUCGCGUCCCUCGGCCCCGUCCCUUUCAUCGUACAACUCUCGCACCACUUCACAGGCCGAGGCAAUCUCCCUAGAGAUUCCUACGCUGACGCCAUCAGGGAAGCAUGCUUCAACCCCGAUCAGGCCGUCCCUUACUGGCAGCAUCAGCAGCAAGGUAGGCUCGUACUGGAAGGUGGGCGGGUCCAAGCUCUCUGGAUCGAUCCGCAGCAGGACGGUUAGCGCCCAGAAUGUUAGCAUCUACCAGGCGAGCGAGGUCCACGAUAGUGCUGAGGAUCUUCGUGAGAUGAUUGAGCAGCAAGACAGGGAAGCAGACCGGCUGGAGAAUGUCAGAGCCUGUUGCGAUGGCAAACACGACGUCGGGACACUUCCUCACACCACCAAGAAAGGAGGACGCAGCCACAACCAUCAUCACCACCACGUUCACUCCAGUGGACAGUCUGCCAUGAAUACCCCCAUGGCAUCUAUGCGCUCUCGGGCAUAA